AUGCCACUCAAGGCUUUUGCUUUACCAACUCUUGGGGUGGUAGCGCUUUUACUGGAGGUCCUUCCAGCAUCCGAAUACUCUAGCGGUAGCUUUAAUAUGUGUAAAAACGCAAAUCUGCAGAAGCAAAAGCAAGACGAGCUAAAUAAACAGGAAGACGAGGUUGAGGACUGCAACCCCGCUCCCCUAAGUGAUGCUGCUGCGAUUAAACGUGACAAAAUUCGAUGCGACCAGACACAGCAGUUGCUGGUGCUCGGGCGAAAGCAGCAUGUUCUGAAGAGACAAAUGCGCAAGGGACUGCUUUCUUGGAGCGAAGUGGCCAGCUGGAAACUAACUCACAUUGAGGUUCAGCGACUCUUCUUGCGCAUAGUUCAGUUGAAGGUGCCGCCCCCCAUUGCGGCCUUGCUUUCAUCCGAGCGGCAAGUUCAGGAAUUCCUACGACUCCUUGAAGCAGCAAUCGUUGUUCCUCUGAAAGAGCAGCAGCAGCUUGUGGGGAUAACUGUGGAGACACAAGAGCAGCAGCAGGUCGGGCAGCCAUACUCUUUGUCAGGCGAUGACUCGCCUGCUAUCCGGAGCGAAGCCACUUGCUCGGCCGUGCAAAUAGGUGACGGGGAAAACUUGAGAUGCUUUUGGCAGGGAUACUGUGGCACAUUAAUGCAAAGGGAGCUGCGCGAUUUGCCUUUGAUUUUACAUGAGGCGCUAAAACCUGAUACAGCGGAGAUGGAUGAUGAAACUGCGAGUGAAAGUAGCACUCCAGCUGCUUAA